GGCACUCAUAUCUAUAUCAUGAUAUUAUGAUAUGAUAUGAUGAUAGAUAUGAGUGCCGAAACGCUUUAGGUGGUGUCACAGACCUUUUCUUCCACUUUAAACUUUUCUAGAUUUUUUAUUCAUUAUAAUUUAGUUUCUCUAUUUUGGACGGAGAAUGUUGCUACUAUGCUAUAUAUUGUUUAUAUGUAUUAGUUUAUAAGCGAUGACAUAAAACUUCAGGCUUAAACUUUAUGUUCUAAGAUUUUUUUAAAGUACUUAGAUAAGAGACACGUGUAAUACGUGUAUGAAAUUAAGUCACAGGAAUACAUUUUGAUAUAUUUCUGUGAGUUCAGUAUUUAAACACUCAUUAACUUAGAUGAAAUCAAAAAUGCCCUUAUAUUAUUGGCAACAGAUCAAUUUUCUUGAUUGCUCCAACAAGGGAUCUGUACCCACUAUUCGAAUUCGUAACGUUUGCGAGUCCGAAAUAUCAAUGUCAAAAUUUGUAUGGAAACUUGAACACUCCACAAUGGACGUACAGAUAACUAAAAAUCAGUACACAUUUGACAUUGACAUUUCGUACUCGUAAACGAUACGAAUUAGAUAUUGGUUCGUGAUAAAAGAUCCGAAUUAUUGUGAUUGGCAAAUAUACCAACUGGGCCCGCGUUGUUGGUUGGUCCGUUUUUCCCACGUUUUUCCAUUGAAUUUACACUGUCGAUAAUAUCAUGAUAUUAUUGACAUCGCAGCAUCACCGGUACAACUUGUGAUACUUCGAUCUAAGUAUCAUAAUAACAUUUCACUGAAUAUGCUUUAUUAUUAAUAAGAAGCUGAUUUUGAUGAAAUUUUAGGAUUAUGUACUUUCAUUUUACUAAAUAGUCUAUUCGAUUGACCACGCCGUCAAAAUAACUUAUCAUUAAAGUAACGCCAUCUGUGCCAGUUGAUCGGAAUCAAUUACUACAUCAAGCGAUAUUUUAAUGAAACUUGAAUAUGACGUCAUCAGUAAAGUGUUCAGCUCAGUGACUUUACUUACGCCACAAAUGUUCUAAGAACCGAGUUUGCACUUAACAAUUUGCAAAUACUUAUCGUAAAAUGUAUGAUUACGUACGAAUAAGAUAUUUGAGAGAAAUUGCCAGUCAAUGAUGUGGUUAUUGAGAAGCACUGUUAGCAUAUUAAAAAACACUUUCCAAUUCAUAAAACACUAAACAUUGUUUCUUGAAAAUAAAAUACAAUGUAAGUGAAACUUUUAAAAUUAUUGACGAGAAAAUCUUUUCUCGGCUGGUAAUCGAACCCGGGUCGUCCGCGUAGCAGACGAGCUAUGCUUGUUGAUAAAGUCAAAAUUUUUAAUAACAAUCAAAAAUAUAAUACCGCAUGCUAAAGUUGAAGAAACAAUUUGUAGCGAAAUAAUAAAAGUUCCACUUUUUUAAGUUAUAAAUCUUCAGUCUAUGAAAGGACUAUGCUAAAAUUGGCCUAAGAACCAACACCAAUUUGGCAUUUAUGAUAAUUCUUAGUAUAUUUUUUGCGAUAAUUAUUAGUAUUUAGACUGUGACGGACACUUCCAGUUAAGUAAGGUACAUUAAAAAAAUUUAAAAAUAAUCUGAUACAAUAAAUACCCUUUCAAUGUGUUAAAUGUUGUAGCGCGCUGCAAACAAAACUCUUUCUUCCUAAUGCCGGCACUUCACUUGGCUAUUCGUAUUUGCUAUUUUAAAUUUUCUAUUAAGCAUGACAAGGACAAACUGUUGUCAAGUGGAGGGCCGGCAUAAAACUCGUUACUCUGUGGUUGUGCUGCAUGCAGUUUGCAUUUGUAAUAAUCUGUGGCAUUCGUGCAUUCCAAAGGGUAUUAUAAUAUACCGGAAUACCGGAAAGUGCAUUCUCGUUUCGGAUUACCUGUUGUGUGUGUUUAUUUGCGAUUUAAUUUAACUAUUUCGGCUAUUUAAUAUGCCAUCGAUGUUACCAAAGAACAGAGCCCUUAUUAUCAAGUGCUAGUGAACCUGUGCCACAACAUCCUGAGAGGAUCAUACUGCCAAAUUAUUCAAGAACACCUGAUACACAUUCACGCUGCAUAUUUACACAAUAUACAUGUGAUAUACAAAUAAACACAAUAAACAAUAUGAUACAAUUAUGUGAAAAUUAGUUAAUAAAUAAGAAGCAAAACUACAGUUUUUAUUUUAUUCAUGAUUCCUACCUAACCAAGUUUUUCCUAUUAGUCAUUCUUUAAAAUCGCACCGAAUAAAAUGAAUUAGUUGUAAUAUCAAUUCAUUUAAUACUGAGUUCAUACUAAAUUCAUAGUUUGACCUAUGUUUCAUUGAAUAUUAAACAUAACCUCAAAAAAAAAAUAGUUUUCCUAAUAAUUUAAGUUCUCAGAAGUGUCCGUCAAUAAUCUUUGUUUUUACAGUCAUUUACUAACGAUUUUGAACCUAGAAAAUAAUAUUUCAUGAUUGUUGGUUCUUUGGCUAACUAUGUAUGGACGCUGAACAAUGUCCUUUGGUUGUAGAUAGACGAAACUUUAAAAAUAAUUAGACAUAUUUAAAUCCAGCUCCUCUGUGUUGUAAAAUUUUAUCUACUAACAAUUUAUCAUGCAGUUUAGAAUUAAAGCUCAAAUGUGAAAUUUCGAAGAUUCUACAUAAUCCAUUGCAGUUUGAAGUGUGUUUAUAAUUUUAAAUGACAAAACACGAAGGGCUUAUAAAAUGGGAAAAAAAUAUUUGUCGGAUAUUAUAAAAAGGGAUGUUUCGUGAACCUUUAAGUAGCUCCUAUUCAAAAGAGUGACGAUUUGGACGUGACCAAAAGUCAUGGCAGGUUGUUGGAUGUUUUUUUUUUGCUGCCUUAGACGGUCGACCCUAUAUAAAGGGCUCAAGUAUUUUGGGAAUACUUCACCCGACGACAAAAUCACCCGCUCCAACGCAUCUCCGAUUCCUGCAAUACAGGCCACAAAUACCAACACUAUACGCCUAGCAAACUUGCACACAAGCUUUGCAUUACGCAGACACCGCACCUGUAAAAUUAGAGUGCGGAAGACCCGGUCUACACAUGACAUGCUAUAACAGGUAAAAAUACGUACCUGGGCGUUUUUCCCCGCCCCCCACGAUAACAGCUGAGUACAGCCGAGGUCUGAAUUUCAGAGACGCCCUCUAGUUGAGCCGAUCCCUUCAAGUUCGAGUGGUCUAGAGGCUCCAGACUGAGAGGAGAUGCCGUCCGCUGGGAAUACCUCUAGAGGCGUUUGCCGAUUCUCGGUUUGAGGUCCCCAUUGGAUCUCGCCAUUCCCAAACCCGGUGACGCUGUAAAGAUCCUCUGCGAUCAACAGUAUACACACUAAAAAAAGAGUAGGAUUACCUACAGUGCGAAGAGAUGGCGUUGCAUUGCAACCUAAGAAAUGCUAGAGAAAAUUUGACACGGCCAUCAGGUCCCGUCUGUUGCGUGGUUCGCAUGUUUUUUUUCUAGUGAAAUUUUCGUUAGAUUUAAACAAACAUCUAGCAGUUAAAUGCUUAAAAAACAAAAAUAAAUAUAACAAAAAAAGAGUACGACAGUAAUACGUUUUCGCUAAUCAUAGAUUAACACACCUGCGUCAGCUUACUUUAUUAAAAAUCAAUUUUAUGUAACUAUCGUUGGUUUUAUCCUAACCUACACUGAUAAAGAUAUACUACGAUUCAAUUAUUAAUAUUAACACGAAAAAUAGCUAUAGUAAGUCGCGACAAGUUUACACUAUCUAAUCAGUCGAACUUUGUUCGUUAGAUAGCAAUAGACCGAUAGCCGGUAUCUUCAACAGAUCCAUAUAAUACAAAUUGUACUAAAAAAACUAAUUUACAUGCAAUUGUGUAGUUGAAUGGUGCGCAGGGAACAGUGAGUGUAGUGUUUGAAUCAGUACCACUGAUUGUAAUAAACAAAAUGGAUCUGCUACAAUGGACUGACAUCCAAGAUACUUUUUACGAGUUUCAUAAGAUGCCACAAACAGUACCUCGGUCUGGGUGCAGCCCACCGUCAGCAUCACAAAGUGAGAGAGCCGUGCCCGGCUCGCCUGUAGACCUACAGCACUUGCUGCGCUUCCUAGGCGCCGCAUCACCCCCCGAACCCAUGCUGCACUCGCCUCCGACACACACCAAGCCGCCACCCCCCUAUCCAGAAGACAAUAACAUCCUCGAACGCCUCUACGAUUUUGACGGAUACCCUACACCCUCACCCUCUUCAGAUGAAGGGUCCAUUCCAACCGUAGCCCUGCAACCAUCUUCACCAUACAAUCCUCAACAGUACUCUUCAGUCUAUAUCAAAGAAGAACCCAACAGACUGGUAGUCCCUGGUUUCGCCUCUCCGUAUCCUCUUUCUCCUUCGGGAUCUUGCGCUUCAUACGGCAGCCAUAACCAAUAUUCCUCCCCGGUACCACAACACGAAGAAUACAUUGACAUUGAAGAAUUACUAAAGGAGAAUCAAAUUUUACAAGAGAGUGUUCAACACAGUUACAUCACACCAAAAAUAGAGGUAGAAGAGCCACGAGAUCACAUAUUGCUCAGAUCUGCACUCGAAGACACAACAUUCCAAAAAAGAUUGAACCUCAAACCCAUUCCAAUAGAAUUAGGGUCUAUCAAAAUGGAAGAAAGCAGUGGAGGUGACGAAGCCUUAGUUGCACCUGAUAUCGACCGAGUGCUCUCUAUGGCCAUCGAACAAUCCAAAAGAGAUGUGGACAACACAUGUUCAGUACUAGGAAUUUCACCAGAUCCUAUGCUAUGGAGUACAAACGACGUAAAUUCAUGGGUCAUGUUCACACUGCAACAUUUUAAUCUUCCAAUGGUACCAGCAGAAUACUUCACUAUGGAUGGCGCAGCCCUUAUGGCGUUGACAGAAGAAGAUUUCAAUCAAAGAGCACCUCAGGCUGGAAGCACACUUUAUGCCCAAUUAGAAAUCUGGAAAGCUGCAAGACACGAACCAUGGAGGACAUCACAGUGGUCUGAGCACCAACAGCCAUCUCCGAACCCUACACCCGCUGGCCUGCCCUCAGCCGAUGAUAUGAGUGACGAUGAAGAUUCCGAGUCGGCGGGCACGAGCACCGUGACAGGCGGUGGCAAGGCCAAGUCUGGCAGCACACACAUCCAUCUGUGGCAGUUUCUCAAGGAACUGUUGGCAUCACCUCACAUCCAUGGCUCCGCGAUACGGUGGCUAGACAGAAGUAACGGUGUUUUUAAGAUUGAGGAUUCCGUGCGCGUCGCCCGACUGUGGGGCAAGAGAAAGAACAGGCCCGCGAUGAACUACGACAAACUCUCCAGGAGUAUCAGGCAGUACUACAAGAAAGGCAUCAUGAAGAAGACCGAGAGGAGCCAGAGGCUCGUCUACCAAUUCUGUCAUCCGUACUGCUUAUAAGUUUGCAAUAUAAACCCGUAGUUUUUAAGUUAUGUAAAUAUUUAUUAUAAAUGUACGCCGCGGUAAUGCGGUGUCCACGACGACUGCUCCAGUUUGACGCACGCGUCAAGCUGUAUGCAGCCCGAGUACGUGUUGUGGCCGAAUUUUCGAGUAUCCACGUUUCGGAACUCGUUCUAUUAGGCACUGAAUCCCUCCAUAUAAUUCGGGAAAGGUAAUUUUCUCUAGAAUUCUACUGGACGGGAUUUACUCGAUAAUUAGCUUUUUAAGGUUUUUUUUACCGGCGACUAGGCGCGAACGAAGCGUUCAACAUUUUCUUUAAGGAAACUAUCGUUUUCGUCGAAAGCUGGUAAUGUUUAUCCCAUAUAUCUAUGAUAUAUUUCUAGUACGUUCUAUGAACUUUUAGGUAUUUAAGUUUGUUGUAAAUAAAAUUGAUAUAAAAUCGAUAAAAAGUAAACAAUAUAUUUUUUUUUAAUUAUAUACGAAGUCACGUAUUGUGUACGAGUGAUGUGCAAGAGAUUAUUCUCAUUUAAUUUUAGUUUUAAACUUUGUAAUAUUUUUUUAAGCGUUGAAACAAUACAGUUGGCGAGUUACGUCAAACAGAAAAUGUAUAAUGUACGUCAUCGCUCGAGGCGGUAGUUUGAUAUACCUUUUUUGUUAAUUGGGUCAUUUGAAAAUUAAAUUUUGUGCCAAAUAGACGUGUAUGUAGCUUUAUUAGGGACAAAAUUGAUAAAUUGUGAUUGUAUGGUACCCGCCGAGUGUAAAUAGUGUUUGCUACUUUAGCAGCGGUGAAGGGUUAAAUAAUAAAGCAAAUGAAGAAUUUGUAUUAAAACGCAGUUAGCGUUGUAUAGGUUAACGCAAUAACAACUAUUACUAGACCAAACUAAUUUAGUUAUAGGUGUACUAUCAUAAUUUGAGUAAUGCGAAUAAAUAAAUAGCCAUAUAAAAUGUGUUUACUUUAUUUCCUACAUUUAAUUAACUAAUUUUAGUCCCAAUUUUAAACAG